CAAGCGCGUACAUAUUUUGGUUGUCUCAGGCUAAAGCUGGGGCUAAGGGAACUUGGACGUCCUCAGAAGCUGCUGCAAAGAUGGUGUUGAAAGCCGUGUGCGUGUUGAAAGGAACUGGUGAGACCAGCGGGACCGUUUAUUUCCAACAAGAGAGUGAAUCAGAACCUGUGAGGGUGACUGGAGAAAUCUCAGGCCUUACUCCUGGUGAGCAUGGUUUCCACGUCCAUGUUUUUGGAGACAACACCAAUGGUUGCAUCAGUGCAGGCCCUCACUACAACCCCUUCAACAAGAAUCAUGCCGGUCCUAAUGAUGCAGAGAGGCACGUUGGGGAUCUGGGGAAUGUGACAGCCGGAGCAGACAACAUUGCCAAGAUAGACAUCACGGAUAAGAUAAUCACCCUCACUGGCCCAAACUCAAUCAUUGGCAGAACUAUGGUGAUCCAUGAGAAGGAAGACGACCUUGGAAGAGGAGGCAAUGAAGAGAGUCUGAAAACUGGAAAUGCUGGUGGCCGUCUGGCCUGUGGAGUCAUUGGCAUCACCCAGUAGCUUGGCGCACUAGAAACCACUUUUCCCAAAUGCACUUAAGACCAACAUAGCUACUUAAUAUGACAGUUUGUUGUUUUCAAUACUCUGGCUUUUUAUUAUCUAGUUCAGAGAGUAGAUGAGCCAUGCUUCAUCCUUUGUGUUCUUCAUGACAAUUGUUUGUAUAGGUUUAUGUCUGCUAAUUAGUUUUGGUCCCAAAGAAUUGUUAACGCACAACUAAUAAACAGAUGUAUACAAUUUACAGAGAUAAUCAAUAAAUUGUCCAUUCAUCUGA